AUGGCCAGCCCUCCAGCGCUAUGCCAGGCAGCGCAGGAGCAGGAGUAUAGCGCACCUAAGCUGAACCUGACCGUCGCCGACUUUGAUGUCGUGCGGCGGCUGGGCGAGGGCAGCUUCAGCACGGUGGUCCUGGCCAGGUUCCGGAGAGAUGGGCGCGAGUAUGCCGUCAAGGUCAUCUCAAAGAACCUCGUGAUAAGGAACAAGGUCAUCGACUACAUCCGCAACGAGCGCACCAUCCUCGACCGCCUGCACCACCCCGGCAUCGCGCAGCUCCACUUCACCUUCCAGGCAAGCGCGCGGCCCCCGCCCUCGCCCCCGCCCUCGACCGCGCGCACGCGCCGCGACGAGGAGAGCCUGUACAUGGGCCUGGAGUACUGCCCGAAUGGGGAGCUCUUUGAGCAGCUGGAGGCGCGGGGGAAGCUGCCGCUCGCCGACGCCGUGCAGUGGGCGGCGGAGGUCGUGGAUAUUCUGGAUUACCUCAGAUCCAUGGAGGUCAUCCACAGGGACCUGAAACCCGAGAAUCUGCUGAUUGAUGCGGAGGGCCACCUAAAGCUCAUCGACUUUGGCAGCGCCAAGGCCAUCUUCAUGCCCCCCACCGCGCGCCGCAGCGGCAACCGCGCGACGUCGUUCGUCGGUACCGCCGAGUACGUCUCCCCCGAGGUCCUCAACAACACGGGCAUCUCUUACGCGUCAGACCUGUGGGCCCUCGGCUGCAUCAUAUACCAAAUGCUCGCCGGCCGCCCGCCGUUCAAGGGCGGCUCCGAGUACCUCACCUUCCAGCUCGUCACCGCGCGCGAGCUGGAGUUCCCGGACGGCUUCCCGGAAGCCGCCCGCGACCUGGUCGACCGCCUGCUGCGCCUCGAGCCGUCGGAGCGGCUCGGCGCGGCGGGGCUCGACGACGUGCGGCGCCACGAGUUCUUCGCCGGCGUCGCGUGGGCCGGCGGCGCGCGCGCGGCCAACGGGGCCGCGCCGGCGCUGGCGCCGCCGCGGGUGCAGUCGGACGAGGAGGCGGCGGUCGACUGGGAGCUGAGCAGCAUGUUCAGGGCGCCGGAGCGGGGGCCGGUGUAUUACGAGUAUCUGCCGACCACGGGCGCCGCCGCGCAGCACCCGCAGCACGCGCAGCAAGUGUAG